AUGGGUUACUUGUUGGCAAAAUCAUAUUACUGUCAUAUGAUACGAGUCGCUGUGCUGUACCAGAAGUGGCUUGUGCUUAAUGUAUCUGUACAAAACUUAGAAAAGCUGUAUUCAAUCAUGACAUCAAGUUUGAAACAUAAGCCCGGCAUAAAAGUUGCAACUGAUGAGCAACAUGUUCUACUUUCAGGUGUCUUCGUGAAAUUGGAUAUCAUUGAAGGGGAUGGUGGUGUUGGUACUGUUCUUGAUGUUGUUUUCCAACCAGGUGCGGUGCCUCAAAGUUACAAGGAAAGAUUUGAUACCGUAGACCACGAGAAUCGAAUACUGGAAGUGAGUAUUAUCGAAGGAGGAUACUUGGACAUGGGAUGCACAUCUUACCUGAAUAGGAUGCAUGUUAUAGAGAUAACCUCUAAAUCUUGUGUUAUCAAAUCUUCUGUUAUCUAUGACGUGAAAGAAGUCUGCUGA